GGCGCCUCAGUGUGUAUCAGAGAUGAGUGUUGUAUCAGCUGUGUUAGCCCUGCUGGCCCUAGUCGGGGCCCCGGCCCUUAGCGCGGUCAUCAAGGGCAACAUACAAGUCCCUACCUUCACGGAACCAUGUUACAGGGACUCUCCCGAGUUCAACAGCUGUAUCAAGCGAGCACUGCAAGGGCUCAUCCCAAAGUUGUCGAAAGUGGGGAUUCCUGAACUGGAGUUAGAGAGCAUCGACCCCUUGAAGGUACCAGAGAUGAUCAUGUCCUACGACGCCAACACCAUCGGAGGAAGAGUAACCCUGAGGGACACCAUCACCAGAGGCAUCGGCAAGCUAAAGAUCGUGGAUGUCAGGUCUGUAGCUAAUGAUCCUACUCGUUUCCUAAUGGAGAUAGACUUCUUCAUACCCAAGAUGAGGACUGCAGGGUUGUACAGCAUGCAGGGCCAUGUCGGCGACAUCCCCAUCACCGGCGACGACAAGUACAACAUAUCUAUGGAUGGAGUGAGCGGGACGUGGAAGCUGACUGGAGCUCCUGUGGAGGAAGAUGGACAAGUCUUCAUGAGGAUUGACAGGUUCGAGGUCAACCCAGAGGUCCAGGGGCUCAAAGUCCACGCCAACAACCUCUUCAAGGGCAACCCAGAACUUAGUGCAGUGACAAUCGCCUUCGUCAAUAGAUUCUGGCGGGUGUUGUAUGAUGAGAUGUUGCCAUACACAGUGGAAACCUUCGACAAAGUCGGCCGCCAGCUGAUCAACAAGAUAUUCCACAAGAUUCCUUACGAUCAGCUGUUUCCCCUGACACCCAACCCCUAGAUGUGUCAGACAGAUGUUUUAAGACUUAAAUAACACGCUCGAUAGCAUUUUCACAUGAUAUGUAUGAAAAAUCAACAUUAAAUUAAGAUUAUUUAAACAGUAGUUCGUGUAUAUUUUUGUUUGCUUGUAUAACUGGAUAAAAGUAAUCAAUUACGUCGUUAUUUAUAAGGAUGAAAGUGUAUUACAAUGUCGACUCUGUGUUUUUUUUUUCUAUGUACACGUAAUAACAUUGAACAAAAAAAUUUACAUAUACUAAACACUUAAAAAAAUUUAACGUACAUACCUGACGAUUACGACGGCCUUAGUAGUUGAUAAAAAUGCAUUGUGUAAAAUUGUUAUUUAAAUAUACACUUGGUUAGUGGUAAUACUAAACAACCAGUACAAAAGGCAUGUCCUUUGUGAUUCAACAAACAGAUUAAUGUAGGUACAUACAAACUAUAAUCAAUUGUAAUAAUGUACCUUUACCGGGCACUCAAUACAUCAUUAUUACUUGCUAUGAAACUGUCUUUGGAGGCACUAGAUUUAGUUACACACAUGUACAACACGAUUAAUAUUAAAGCAAACUUUGUAUUUGUUAA